AUGGCUCGCAGACCAGGUAAAUUUGCAUACAAGUUGCGCCGCACUGGCAGCAAACCUCGACCACCGCCUCGCCAUCGAAAACUGGCCCCUGAAGAGGUCAAGGAGCUCGCUCAGAUAAUGCAGGAGCGCUUCCGCUGGGAGAGCGAGCCCCGAUUCUUCCAACUUGAAGGUGUGAAAGCCCAGAUUGAAGGUGUCGACACGGUCAUCCAAGCCCCAACCGGGUCUGGCAAGACAGCAAUUGCAGCGGGACCGCAUCUCUGGCGAGGCAACGAAGGAAAGACCACAAUUAUGGUCUGUCCGCUGCUGGCGCUGGAGGAAGAAAUGGUCGAGACAUUCAAGACUGAAUUUGGCCUAACCGCGGUCGCUGUGAACGGACAGAACACACUCACGAAGAACAAGCAGAUCAUGGAGAUCGUCCGCGGUCAGUAUCACAUCGUCCUGAUCUCCCCUGAGAUGCUUCAGUCACGCGCAUUCAAGAACCGUGUGCUUCGCAACAACAAGUUCACGCGACGAGUGCUGAGCGUCUUCAUUGAUGAAGCACAUUGUCUCUCGCACUGGGGCGCCGACUUUCGCAAGCAUUAUGCGAGCUUGGGAAGUGUGCGCGCAUUCCUUGCUCCCGGUACUCCCAUCAUUGCUGUUACAGCAACGCUGACCGCACGUGUCCGUCGCGAUCUUCAUAACAAGCUUCACUUUCCAAAGACUGGCGGCCGGUUCAUCAACGUCGGUAAUGAUCGACCUAACGUCUCGAUUGUCGUUCGUGCCUGCGAGCAUCCUCAGAACACGCUCGCUGACCUUGACUUCGUUCUGCCCGAGACGAUCGAGUCAGCAAGCGACAUCCCAAAGACGUACCUCUAUGUCGACAACAUCGAGACCGGUAACGACAUCAUUGACCACCUUGGAAGUAUCCUCCGACAACGAAACCCUGCGCUUUACGAGCUCGGUGUCAUUCGACCGUUCAAUGCUACGAUGUCUGCCGACUACCGGACUCAUGCCAUGGCAGCGUUCCGCAACAAUAGGCCUGUGCGCAUUCUCGUAUGCACUGAUGCUGCUGGCAUGGGCUGCAACGUGCCCGACGUUGAUCGUGUUGUCCAAUGGAAGCUCCCAGCCACUCUGUCGAACUUCAUUCAGCGCGCUGGUCGUGCGGCACGAGCACGGAAUCGCACAGGUAUUGCAAUUCUCCUUGUAGAGCGAUCUGCAUACUCGAUCAAUCUGCAAACAAGACCAGCAGAGCAGGACGAACCAGAGCCGAAGACGAGCAAAGGCAAGCAACGAGCUCGUAAAUCCCAUGGGCCUCCGAAAAGUACACGCCAGAAGACACCGAAAAACUACGCCAAGAGACAUGGCAUCGACCGUGGAAGUAGCGCCGGCCCCAGCCAUGACACGGUCCUUGACCCAGCUGACAACCCCAUUGUUGACCACGAAGCUGCCGAUGAAGGACUUCUGGCAUUUGUACAAAGCACACAAUGCCGCCGCAAGAUAUGGCAGGAGAUGUAUGAGUCUCCACUCUCGGAAGCGGCCACCGCGUCGGCAAUCGUGCCCUGCUGUGACAUUUGUGAUAGCUCACUGCUCAAUCGCGCACGCCCACCACUACGAGAAAAGGGGCCGAAAGCUUCUAGGCCAAAAGUCGGCCUGCCAGAUCCCAACGCGCAGACCGCGCUCGAGAGCUGGCGCGAGCAGAAACUUGACAAUGACCAUCCACAUGCUGUGUUUGGAGCUACCGCAAUCCUGAGUGAUUCGCUCAUCGAACGCCUCACAUCUUCAGGGCCCAAGACGCGUCCUGCUCUUGCAACAAUGCUCAAAACAUGGUUAUGGCGCGACCGUUACGAAGGCCAGCUGACGGACCUACUGCUGUCAUUGCAGAUUCAGUCAAUCCCGAAGCCCAAGGCAGGCCACAGCAUCGGCGGCGACACAAGCACAACGACGGGCCAAGCCCAGAGUGCCGGCUCUCGUAAACACACCACUGAUGCGACCGAUGACCAGCACCCACCAAAACGCGCACGCCGUUCAGUUAACAAUGGGGUAUGUCGCAGACAAUAG